AUGGUAAAAAUGGGAACCUGUACACUUUUUAAAGUUAUAAUAUUUUCCCUUCUAAUAUGGAUAGUACAAUAUUCCGGCAGGGACACGCUUAAUCGAAUUAAGGAGGAUGAGGGAAUGCCCACAUGUUUAGGCAGCUACCGAUUAUUGGGAGAGUCCCAAGAACACUUCGAUGGAAUAUUCGAUUUAUAUAAGAAGAAAUUUCUACAUAGAAUGGGAUAUAAUGAGGAAGAUUCCGAAAGAAUCAAAACAGCAGUAAAGUCACACGUAGAUCUGACGGAAGGUAUGGACAUAGAUCGAAGGCGGAAGGAAAAAUUAAAAGAUUGCGAGCAUAUUAUAAAGCGUGGUAGUAACAAUAGCAUUUCGGAGUUUUCUAACAAUUUCAGAGUAUUAUCUUCUCCCUAUUUUCUUGCCAUAUGUUCAUUCAUAUUAUAUUCAAAUGGAUAUCACAGAGUUUUUUUAGCUCUAAUGGGCAUACUGAUUUUUAAAUGUGUAAAUUUCUUUUGGGAUUUAAAAUAUAUCAUUGGAAGAAUGACGGAAAAUGUGUGA